AAAAAAAAAAGCCGAGAUGCCUCGGCAGUCUUUCGGAUAGAUCGGACCCCCUGAAUUUGUGGCUGAGGAGAUGUUCUCGAAGAUUUCUUAAAUACAGCAUUUGUCCAUUCCCGUAAUGGGGUUUUGGGCAAUUUCUGGUUUCAACACAGUUUGUCACAUAGCUUUAUCCAUGAUGUCUUCAAAACAGUUCUACCUUCUGGGCGAGGACCCUUCAACCGCCAGAGAGAUUGAGAUUCCCGCUGAAAUAGAUGACGAGGGUCUACGCCAUCACAUUGCGUCGCAUUUUGCCAUUGUCGAUUCCAAAGGUAUAUAUAGACGUAUCACUCUUCCAGAACUCCCACUUACAGCCAAUCCAGGUGUCGGCUUCGUCUCUCAAGAUGUAGCAUUGAGCUUUGCAUCAGAUGUUCUCGCAGAUGAUGGUCCCAUCGCCAUCAGCAUAGAUGGGCGCGGAGUUCGCGAGGUUCCCGGCCCAGAAGGUCUGCCGUACAUCGGCAAUUACUUUGAGGUCUACCCCGACCAUCUGGGUAACCACCAACGGCUGUUUGAGAAGUAUGGCCCCCUUAUCAAGACGACCAAUAUGGGCAGCGUCACAUACCAGACCAACGACCCCACGUUAGCCGCCAUCGUCUUUGGCGAGACCGACUUUUUUAGCAAAAACAUAAUCCACGGGCAUCCCCUGCACCCCAUCAAGAACAAAGAGGCCGGCGUUUUCCUCGGCGACACCGACACAGAGGAGUGGCGGACUGCGCACAAGUUUCUCCCCCCUGCAUUUUCUCCCAAGGCCGUGCGUCAUUAUGCGCCAACGAUGCAGAAGACGAUCGAGGAGUCAUUCAAGGUUUUCGACGAGCUGGACGAGAAGGAAGAGUCCUGGAAUGUGUACCUGUACAUGUUGAAGCUCGGCUCGCAAGCCGUGGGCAAGCUCGUCCUGGGGAUGGAUUUCCGGCACUUUGGGGCUCCCGACUCGCCUUUGCACGAGAUGGUCAUGCGCAUUGCCCAGUCGCUCGAGUUGAACAAGAAGGUCACCUCUAUGGGAAGCUGGUACGCGAUGAUGCCGUUCGGUGACCCUAAGAAGCUGCGAAACGCGCGGGGGCGCAUCGUGGAGAUGAUUACCGAGUCCAUCGACAAGGCAUCUAAGGGCACAGAGGAUCUAGAGCUGCAAGAUGCUGCCCUGAAGGCCGAGAACCUGGUUGACUACGUACUCCGCGCGACGGAUAACAAGGGUAACAAGCUCCCGAAAGACCGCGUCAUGGAGCCUCUUGUGGUCGCCACUGGUGCUGGCUUCACCACCACCUCGUCUCUUCUCUCCUGGCUCAUCUAUGGCCUUGUCGCGUACCCAGGAAUGCAAGAUCGUCUCCUUCAGGAACUUAUCGACAACGACUUUGACGAGAGCACGCAGAUUACCGCCGAAUUCACCCAGAAGUUGACGUUCCUUGACAAGUACAUCAAAGAAACCCAACGCCGCCACAACCCCUCUUACCAACCUGCACGAACGGCCAAGGUCGACAUGAUUCUGCCAGGUGGCUACAAGAUGCCCCGGGACAGCAUCGUCAUCCCGGCGCUCCACCACAUCCACAACAACGCCAAGCUGUGGGACAACCCCACGUUGUUUGACCCGGACCGCUGGGAUACGGAGAAGGUCAAGAACCGGCCGACGGGAAGUUACAUGCCUUUUGCGACGGGCCCGCGUAUGUGCAUUGCCUUCAACUUUGCGUUGCAGGAGGUCAAGGUGUUUUUGCCUAAGCUGGUAUACCGGUACAAGUUCGCUAUGGCCACUGAAGGGGCUGUCGAGUAUGAUCCCAUGUUCCAGUUGAUUCGGCCGAAUAACUUAUAUGUGCGGGCCGAGAAGAGGGUGAAGUGGCCGCCGAGGAGUGAUGCGUAGACAAGGGAGACGUACGUGGUAAUAAACGGUUGCAGGAGUAUUCUGGGCGGCAUUGGUGGCGUCUUGGUGUAGAUGUUUGGGAUAUUCUUCUCGGAUAUAGAUAUUGGCAUUGAUACCACAUAGAACAAGCUUGGUUAGAGAACCCUCAUGGCUUGAACAUACAGCAUAUAAGCCAGUUAUGGUGACCCCGGUCAGGGGAAACAAGACUAACGAAAGGUCCAACAGUAGUGGAUUCGCAACUAGACUGUUUCCUCAGAAGUUGGACACCGGGAGUAGACAG